CUGCGUCUCAUUGGUGAAAGACUAGCCGUCGUCUCUGACUCUCGCGGUACUGCUGCACGAAGAUGGCGGCCGAACUGGUGGAAGCGAUGAACAUGGUUAAAAGUUUUCGGGUCUCAGACCUGCAGACACUGCUGGCCUCGAUGGGUCGCAGCAAAAGUGGGCUGAAACAGGACCUUGUGGGGCGAGCGCUGAGGCUAGUGCAGACUGAUUACAGCCCAGAGCUUCUGAAGAAUGUCAGACAGCUCUACGAGUCACGCUUCCCCAAAACAUCUGGCUGGCUUGCAGCACGGCGUCCAGAGGGCGCCCCGGUUGCCUACUCAUCCCUCAGCUCCUCUCCCACUGCCACCUCUCAGGGCGCAGACUACCUCAACGGCAUUUCCAAACCAAUCCAAGCACCUGCAGCAGAGGUCAAGCUUGUGCCACUGCCUUUCUACCAAACUUUGGAGACACUGUUGUUACCCACAGAGCUAAUCGCCCAGAACAAUGAAAAACUGCAAGACAGUCAGUGCAUAUUUGAGUUAACACCGAGCCAAGCAGACCAGAUUCGAAAUGCAAGCGAGCUUCGUCCGGGCAUCAGAUCAAUCCAAGUGGUUCUUAGAAUCUGUUACACAGACUCCAUUGGUGUUCAGGAGGACCAGUAUCCUCCCAACAUUGCUGUCAAAGUCAACCAGUCCUACUGUCAUGUGCCGGGCUAUUACCCAUCUAAUAAACCUGGUGUUGAACCCCGCCGUCCUUGUCGUCCUGUUAACAUCACUCCCUGGUUGCAUCUCUCCAAUGUCACCAACAGAGUCACUGUCACCUGGGGCAACUUCGGCAAGCGAUACUCUGUGGCUGUGUAUUUGGUGAGGGUUUUCACUGCAGCAGACCUCUUCAGCCAACUCAAACUGUGCUCUGUUGAGAGUGCAGAGCGCUGUCGUGAACGCAUCCAAGACAAACUACGUUUUGACCCGGAGAGUGAAAUUGCGACCACAGGCCUCCGGGUUUCUCUCAUCUGUCCACUGGUGAAGAUGCGACUCGGUGUGCCUUGUCGAGUUCUAACCUGUGCCCAUCUUCAAUGUUUCGAUGCGGUCUUCUUCCUGCAGAUGAAUGAGAAGAAGCCCACAUGGACUUGCCCUGUCUGUGACAAGCCCGCUCCCUUUGAGCUGCUCACUAUCGAUGGGCUGUUAUCUGAGAUUCUCAAAGAGACAAGCGAAGAUAUUGAGGAGAUUGAGUAUUUAACCGACGGCUCGUGGCGACCCAUCAGCGACGAGAAGGAGAGGGACAGGGAAAGAGAACGCAGCAACACGCCAGAGUAUCCUGUUGUUGACAUAUGCAUUCCUGAAGCAAACGGUCACUCACCAGCCCACAGCAGCACCAGUCUGACAGGCAAAUCCGGAAACGGGUCAGUGGGAAUGGGAGGAGCCGCAGGAGGAACUGCUGUGGCGCCAGGAGGAGGCGCAGUGGUAGAUCUGACUCUUGACUCCUCCUCUGAGGAGGAAGGGGGAGGGGCAGGGGGAGACAGUGAGGACACUGAGGACAGCGCUGACAGUCCUGCUCCGAAGAGGGGCCGAUACAACUACGACAAGGACCUGGUCACCGCCUACUGACCCAGCAGCUCUGUCCCCUCAUAGACUGACACACACACACAGACAGAGUGGCAGGGGGCUAAACACUCGAGGACAGGAACACCGUAAUACACUAGAUGCAGCAAUCCUCCCUUAUGCCCAACAUCAGAGCCUUUGAGCAGCUCUGGGUAAUUUCCAGACAAAACAGACACACACGCAAACAUGCACUGUCAAGGAUUAUCCAAUCUAGAGUGAUUAGGAUUCCUCUUUGUACUGUACACCACUGGAAGCGACUCUAACUCUUGGCCAACCAUCACCUUGCAGUGAAUAUCUGUAUUGUCCUGCCUCUAUUAAAGAGACCGAAUGAAUCAAGCACCACACCA